UAUAUAUUUUGUUUAGUUCGUAAAACUUCGUGUUGUUUUGGCCAGAUUUGUUUCGAACCUUUGAGCCUCAAAGAGAUAAAAGUCACAUUAAAUCGGACAGUAAAUUGAGCUCAUUCCAGGACAUUAGAUGCCAGAAUUCACCAGUCAUCCUAUUUUGUCAUCGAUUGUCAUCGUAGCAGCUAUUUAUUUCUGGUUUUCACAACCUUUCCAAUCCGACACAGUAAACUAUCAUCCCAUAAACGACCAACUCCAAAUGGAAUCGAAGCUUAACGCCAUCGUUAUUGGUGCUUCGGGCGAGGUUGGUAAGGCUAUCGUAAAGGAACUGGUAAAACGUUCUCAAUUCGCAAAAGUCACACUGAUUGUUCGCCGAGAACUAGAUCUACCAUCGUCUGAGACGGAUGAAAACUAUCGGAAAAUCGAACAAAAGCUCGUCGACUACGAAAAACUGUCUGAAUCCGUUGACGCAUUUAAGGGACAUCAAGUUGGCUUUUCAGCACUGGGAACCACCCGAGCUAAAGCUGGUGCAGCAGGAUUUUAUCGCGUCGAUCACGAUUAUGUGGUGGAAUCAGCCAAAUUGGCCAAAGAAGGUGGAUGCAAGCAUUUCCAUCUUGUAAGCAGUGGCGGUGCAAACAAAGAUUCACAUUUCCUAUACAUGAAAACUAAGGGACAAGCCGAUCAUGAUGUUUCUGAAUUGGGAUUCGACCGACUGUCGAUAUACCGCCCUGGUCUUUUACUGGUUGAUAGAGUGGAGCACAGAACUCUGGAACCGAUACUACAGGCAGUGGCUAAAUUUAUAGAUUUUGGCCGAUGGUUUAGUAUAGAGGUGCCCUUGUUAUCGAAAGCCAUUGUUGACAAUUGUUUCAGGCCGAAAACGGGUGACAGUAAUGUGGAAAUUGUAAGCAACGGUGACCUUAACAAAAUGGGCAAAGAGUCAGCAUAAGGGACUGUGAUUGGCUAAGUUGGGUGAUUGUAGUUUUAGUGAAAUUUUACGAAAUUUUGAAAUUUGUUUAGCGUUGAUAUUUUUGCAAAGUUUACACUCUUCUAAUGAUAAUUACACGGGUAGAUCUGCCCACAUCAAAAUGAAAA